GUUUGAGCAGCGCGUUCUGUCCAAGAUACCUUUCCUUACGACCACGACCAGCGACCAUGCCCCAAAAUCCUCGUGGGAUGGAGUUCUUCGCGACCCGCUCAGCGCUCUUCAUGAUCCUCUUCUCUUGUAUAACGCUCUACCUCAUCUUCCGCGCGCCUACCACACGCGCCGACAGGCAACUCGUCGUACAUCAUGAACCUAUCGCGGCGAGUUAUACUAAGCGUAUAGUUGCCGUGGGAGACUUGCAUGGGGAUCUGAAGAACGCGAUGAAGGUGCUGAGGAUGAGCGGGGUGAUUGACGGGUUUGGGGAUUGGAGCGGGGACGUUGACGUCCUGGUGCAGACAGGGGAUAUCAUUGAUCGAGGGGAUGACACGAUAGUGUUAUUCAAGUAUUUGGAUGUCUUGCGGGGUCAGGCACUAGCAAAGGGAGGGACGAUACUAUCGAUGAUGGGAAAUCACGAGUGGAUGAAUGUAAUAGGAGACUGGAGAUAUGUCCUCCCCUCAGAAAUAAAAACCUUCGGCAGCGUCGAAGCGCGACAACACGCCCUCUCCCAUGCCGGCUGGCUCGGCAGCACUUUCUGGGCAAAUUAUACCCUCACCACGCGCCUCCCGAUGCACCCCAUGCUCGGACCUCCAAACACCGACUAUACACCUCUGUCCUCUAUCCCUGCUUCCAUCUCCCACUCUGCCCUUUCUUUCGUACACGGAGGCCUAUCUCCCUCCUUCUCCUUUCUCACACCCUACCCCUCACGACCGAAUGCGCUUGGCCGGAGUCUGCUACACAAGCUGCUUACGCGUUACCCGCACCCGCUGCCUCAUCCGCCGAACCCAUACCCUGGGUUACCACCGGAUGCGACCCCGGAGGAGCAUGAGCUCUACGGAGGUGACGGGCCGUUAUGGUAUCGUGGGUGGGCUCUGGGCACGGAAAGGGAGGUUUGUGGACAUGUUGAUGACGUGCUACACAAGCUGGGUGUCAGGAGGCUUAUCAUGGGUCAUACACCCACUUUCACUAAUAUCGUAUCACGAUGUGGUGGCAGGAUCAUAAUUAUUGACACAGGCAUUUCGCAUGCCUAUGGCGGGGUACUCUCCGCCCUAUCGAUCCGUUACAGCCUCACGCCAAACGAGACAACGUACGACGAUGAGACAGGGACGCAGGAAUACAUAGAGCGCGAGGUGGUCAGCGCUGUUUAUGAAUGGAAGAACGAAGUACUCCAUGAUGAUAGACGGAUAGUGCGCGGGUGGUGGGAAGGGUGGGCUUAUACUUCGUAG